UUCCUCUCUCUCCUUACGUGUUCCUCUUUAUUCAUGCAGGGCAAGUCUCAGACCUUAGCAGUAAAGCGCAAGGCAGAGUCAGAGGAGGAGAAGGAGGAAUCGCCCAGUGUCACUGCACUCCUGCCUGCCAGGUCCUCUCCAGUGACGGACAGCCCCAAAAACGUGGAGGAGAAGAGUGGCCUUGGAGAUAAAUCUGAUCCUGCUGCCAUUGCAACCCCAAAUACCACCUCAAGUGAAGGAGCAUCAGUCACCCCCACCUCUGCUCCCACCCCAAACCUGGCGAUGGUGUUGCGUCAGAUGGGAGACUCCAAACCCCCACAAGCCAUCGUCAAGCCCCAGAUCCUCACGCACAUCAUUGAAGGCUUUGUCAUCCAGGAAGGAGCAGAGCCCUUUCCGGUGGGUUGUUCUCAGCUGCUGAAAGAAUCUGAGAAACCGCUGCAGGGAGAGGCUCCUUCUGGCCAGAGUGAAAACCUGUCCAGCAAUUCUCCGGGAGGGGAUAGUGCUUCUAUGGAACCUGAUAAGAAGGCAAACUUGCUGAAGUGUGAAUACUGUGGGAAGUAUGCCCCAGCAACCCAGUUCCGUGGCUCCAAGAGGUUUUGUUCCAUGACCUGUGCUAAAAGGUACAAUGUCAGCUGCAGCCAUCAGUUUCGGCUGCAGAGAAAGAAGAUGAAGGAAUUCCAGGAAGCUAACUAUGCUCGUGUGCGCCGACGAGGACCACGGCGCAGCAGCUCGGAAAUUGCUCGAACAAAGAUCCAGGGCAAGCGCCACAGGGGCCAAGAAGACUCAAGUCGAGGCUCUGAUAACUCUAGCUAUGAUGAAGCUUUGUCCCCUACAUCUCCAGGACCCCUGUCAGUAAGGGCCAGUCAUGGAGAGAGGGACCUGGCGAACUCUAGUAUGGCCCCACCUACCCCAGAUCUCCAUGGCAUCAACCCAGUCUUCCUGUCCAGCAAUCCCAGUCGUUGGAGUGUGGAGGAAGUGUACGAGUUCAUUGCAUCACUGCAAGGGUGCCAGGAGAUUGCUGAGGAGUUUCGGUCACAGGAAAUUGAUGGCCAGGCCCUGCUGCUUCUGAAGGAGGAACACCUCAUGAGUGCCAUGAACAUCAAGUUGGGACCAGCUCUCAAGAUCUGUGCCAAGAUCAACGUCCUCAAGGAGACCUAACAGCUCUGAAGCCGGAGGUCUCACUUUUGCUCUGACCCCAGGGCAGCUGCCAGCUUUGGAGCAUCCUGCUGGGGUGGGGAAGAAUGGGACAGUCCCCUGUGGUCUUGCAUUCAAGAAGAAUGAGAAGGAAUUUAACUGCUUGAAACUGCCAUGCACAAGCCCAUGUCUUGG